AAUUAUAUGGAAGCAAUAACCGCGCUGGACUGUGCGUGCUUGGUCACUACCAUUCCAGUGCGUGACAGAAAGAAAACCAGCACCGCAACCACCAAGCGGAGUAGUGAAGAAGAAAGAAAGCCUCUCUCUUCUCUCUCUCUGAUACACAAAUAGAUAAGGAUCCUUAUCAACCUUUCAUCCCAUAUUUCCCUAACUGACUCUUUCCUUUCCACACGAUUCCCGCCACAACACUAAACCCCAUACAUUUUUUCACCUCAAUUCAUUCUUUCAUUUCAAUUAUCAUUUCCUCACAAUCUCAUCUAUUUCAUUUAUUCAUUUCCAAUUUUCAUUCUAUCAAUUUUUUCGUAUCCUCAAUCCAACCAUGGACGAAUUCGGCGUAUUAACCGAACGCUUCGGCUUGAAGCCGCAAGGUAAAUCAGCUCCAAUGGCUUCCUCCAAACGAUCCACACCGACACCCGCCGCCAAUUCCUCCUCCCGCUCAUUCGGAUCCCGUUCGCCACAAAACGGAUCCGGAUCCGGAUCUCCUCAAUAUCCAUCUUUCGAUUUUGAUUACGGUGUUUUCAACGGUAACAAAACGCAGCGUUCGGGUGGUUUUGACAAUGGCAUUGACGAGAUCUUUGGUGGAAAUGGAAACGGAAACGCCAGAUCGAAUGUCGGCAAGGGUGUUACCCUUGACGAUGAUCUGAUGUUCGGUGGUUUGAGUCAGUCGGUUUCGACUUCUUCGUCGUCGCAGGUUUAUGUGGAUGAUAUAUUCGGUGGAGGGAAUGAAAAAAGUGUUGGUGUUGAUGAUUUGCUUGGUAAGAUUGGUGGAUUGCAUGCGACGGGCAGUAGAAGUUCCAUGAAUAAAUCGCAUGAUUUUGAUGAUUUGAUGGCGGGGUUUGGUGGUGGUGGCAGCGUUUCCAAUAAUGGGAAAGCAAGCAUUGAGACAAAACUUCCUCCCAAACCAACCGCCACAUCUCAUGAUGAUCCAUUUUUAGUAUUUGAAACUUUAAGCACAUCAUCUUCAGGAUCAUUCCUGGACUCAUUAGAACAAAUGAGUAAGAAUAGUUCUAAAGCUACAAGUGGCAGCUCCAGUCCCUCCCCAUUAUUGAGGCCUCCACCAUCAGGGAAUGCUUCAAACUCAUUUAACAACUCAAAUAUAUCAUCAAUAGAUGAGCUUGAGAACUUUGCCAUGGGCCGGGUGCAGAGUAAUGCAAAUAGACGGGCAAAUACCAACACUGGUGAGAUUAAGCAAAACUCAGCGGCUAAGAUAAACAAAGAUAAAGAAUCUCCAGCUACAAAAGUGAAUCAAUCAAAUGGUGCGGAUGAUCUUGAAUCCUUUUUCAGCAUGGGGUCUCGAUCAAACAGUGUACCAAAGUCAAGGACAACAACUAUGGAUCAUAUGUUCGAUCGCCAAGUAAACAAUAAAGAAAAACAUGAUGGAUCUCAAAGAGUGCCAUCACGAUCCCCAGCCAAUGCAAAGAAAUCUUCACCCACAACAUCUUUUGAUGACUUGUCAUUGAUAUUUGGCGCUUCCCCGUCAUCGGAAUUUGAGGAAAUGGAAGGUGAAACUGAAGAAAGGAGAAAAGCAAGAUUGGGACGUCAUCAGAGAACACAAGAGCGAGCGCUGAAAGCAGUGGCUGAUAUGAACCAGCGUGACCUUCAAUCUAAGAGGGAGCAAGAAGAGAGACGUCGAAUAGCCGACACUGUGGAUGUUCAGAUAAAGAGGUGGGCUGCAGGGAAAGAAGGCAAUAUGCGGGCAUUGCUGUCAUCAUUGCAAAAUGUUCUAUCGGCAGAUUGUGGGUGGCAACCAGUGUCUUUGACAGACAUGAUCACUUCUACUUCAGUGAAAAAAGUGUAUAGAAAAGCCACAUUAUGUAUUCACCCUGAUAAAGUCCAACAGAAAGGUGCUAAUCUUGAACAAAAAUAUACCGCAGAGAAGGUUUUUGACAUCCUUAAGGAAGCUUGGACUAAGUUUAACGCAGAAGAGCUUUCCUAAAUCUGUCACUUGAGGUUAUCGCCUCUUCCUAAAUCUGUCACCUGAGGUCACCGUUAGUCAAUGGAUCCAUCAAUGACGUUCAGCGCAUUGGUUUGGGGCUUUCACUUGCCUCGGUGAUGCCCGAUACAUGUUUUUCUUGUGCAGUUAAAGAUUAUUACGCCGCACAUAUAUAUUACAUGGUGUCAUUUGGCUGCAUAUUCGUUGUCCUAAUGAUGUUGAAUGCUCUAAUGUAAGUUAUCAUAGUACAUUAUGUUAUUUAACAGUUUAGACCGGCAACUUAUAUUUCAGUCAGCCUGAUCAAAUCGUGAAGGUUGGUGUAUGUUUGGAUUGGCGGUGAGAUUGAAAGAAUCAUGAUAAGCCGCAAUUUUAGCAUAAACUAGACUUUUGAAUAUCAACAAAACUAUGCUGGUGCUGUGAUUUUGAUGAGCUCACUGCUUAUCUAAACAUACAUUUAUUUAUUUUUUGACGGAAAAUGCCAAGUUGCAUUCGGGAAUGAGGAUAAUUCAAUUAUAUACUUGUAGUUAGGUUUAUUUUUUACGAAUAGGAGUCUUUUAGGUUGAUGUUUUAUUUGAAUUAGCGAGUUAUGUCAAAUGAAUGCCAUCGUUUUAUUUUA